AUGUACAUCAACGCGACAAUGUAUCGCGAAUUCACCAACGCCGAACCAAUCAUUCUAAUUCUGUAGGUUUUAUCUUUUUUUAAAUCAAUAAAGAAAUCCCCAACAUUUCAGAAUAAUUCUAGCUGGUUUCCUAAUUUUCAUCGCACUUGUUCUAUUGAUCAAUAAAGCUAUUCGAAUUCAAGAAAACGAAGAAAGUGCCGAAGCUCCACACGAAAUUCAGAUGCGAAAUUUCGAUGCAAUUCAACCAGAUUCAAAUAGCAGCGAUAAAUAUUGA